CGCACGGAGCGCCUCGCGCUGCGGCAGCCGGACAGCGCGGGACGGGACCGGAGACCCUGAGCUCUGAGGCAUGGCCUGAGCUCCAGCUAAAGGGCUGCUUUCGCCCCUCGUUCCACUCGUUUCCAUACAGUUAUCUGGAGCUUUUAAUCAUGUGAAUGCGUCGCUGCAGGAGCAGACGAGACUCGGUCGAAGGAAAAUCGCUAUCAUCAUGUCAAACGUGCAGGUCGCGAUUCGGGUUCGACCCCUGAGCGCGAGGGAGACAAUGGAAGGAGGGCAGAUAGUUGUACAAGUGGAGGACAAGGUGGUCCAGAUAAGGAACAUGAAGCUGGAUGGACGACUGAAUGGUCAUGCAGACUCCAGAGAGAAGGUGACGGAGUUUGGAUUUGACUACUGCUACUGGUCUGUGGACCCUGAGAGCCCAAAAUAUGCAUCGCAGGAAGAGGUGUUUCAGGACCUGGGUGUUUCCGUGCUAGCAGGUGCCUCUGAGGGCUAUAACGUGUGUCUGUUUGCCUACGGGCAAACAGGUUCAGGGAAGACCUAUACUAUGAUGGGCACACCGGAUUCCACUGGCCUUACCCCUCGAAUCUGUCAGGGACUCUUUGGGACAGACAGCAGUCUUGCUGAAGGACAAGGCUCCUGCAGGGUGGAGAUCAGUUUUUUGGAGAUCUACAACGAGCGUGUGCGAGACCUGCUGAGGUGCCCAGAGCAGAAGCCCAACACAUUACGGGUUCGGGAGCACCCUGAGAAGGGCCCCUAUGUCCAGGGUCUGUUGCAGUACAUCGUGUCAGACUACAAGCAGGCAGUCAAACUCCUGGAGAUGGGCAUCGGCAACCGCAUGACCGCCACAACGCACAUGCACGACGCCAGCAGCCGAUCGCACGCCAUCUUCAGUAUUCAGUACACUCAGGCUAUUCUUGAAAACAACCUUCCGUCAGAAAUUGUCAGCAAGAUCAACCUGGUGGAUCUUGCUGGCAGUGAAAGAGCUGACCCAAAUUUCUGUCGGGAUCGAAUCACAGAGGGAUCCAACAUUAACAAGUCUCUGGUGACCUUGGGGAUAGUUAUCUCUGGCCUGGCCCAGAAUUCCCAAAUGUUCAGCAGCUGCCAGAGCAUCAAUAGCAUGGCCAGUGAAGGCGAGGGCAGCACAGUGGGUAGCCAGUCAAGCUCACUGUCAGGGAGCACCCGGCGCCAGUGCUUCAUCCCCUACAGAGACUCUGUCCUUACCUGGCUGCUCAAAGACAGCCUGGGGGGCAACUCCAGAACGAUCAUGAUUGCCACCAUCUCCCCAUCCUGCAGCAGCUACAACGAGACUCUCAGCACGCUCCGCUAUGCUGCUCAUGCCAGGAACAUUGUUAACAAGCCCCGUGUCAAUGAGGAUGCCAAUGUGAAGCUGAUCAGGGAACUGCGAGAAGAAAUUGAUCGGUUGAAAAGCAUGCUCUUGAGCUUCGAGAUGCAGCGAAACUCCAGUCCUUCUCUGAGUGACGACCGAGAUGGGAGUUUCUCUGACAUUGUCCUACAGAAUGAACUGAAGGUGGAGCAGCUGACAAAGGACUGGUCAGAGCGCUGGCAUGACCAGAAGGAGCUCCUGGAGCAAUACAGUGUGGACAUUGACCGCGACCGGGCAGGGUUCCUGAUCCGCUCCCUCUUGCCGCAUCUCAUUGCCCUUGACCAGGAUGUGCUGAACACAGGGGUCACCUUCUAUCACCUCAGGGAAGGCAUAACCAAGAUAGGACCACAUGAUCUUGACGAUGAACCCCAAAUUGUUCUGCAAGGGGAGGCGAGAUGUGAGAUAGUGAACCAGUCUGGGGUUGUGAUCUUGAAGCCGGUGUCUGGGACCGUCUGCAUGGUCAAUGGACGGGAGGUUACAGAACCAUACCGACUGGCCCAAGGGGCAAUCAUCACACUGGGGGAUGUCCAAAAGUUUCGCUUCAACCACCCAGCAGAAGCAGCCAUUUUAAGAGCACGAAGACGGGCCAGCGAAGGGGUGCUGGGUUGCUUCUCUUUGGAUUUGAGCCACCUCGCACCUGAUACCAGGGUAGAAAGAGACAGCAGCUGGGAGCAGGGUGACGACGGGCAGAGGGCCGUCCCAUGGAAACGUGUAGAGGAGCAGCAGAGAUAUGUGCAGUGCCUCCGGGAGGAGAUCCAGGUGGAGCAGCAGCGAGCAGAGUUGGACCUAGAGCGGGAGCAAGCACACCUGAGGCAGCAGCAUAGAGAAAUUCAGCAGUGGGUUCUCCAGGAGAAGCAACGUCUGUCAGCUGAUGGGAAGAGGAUAACAGAAGAGCCUGGGGUCCAGUCAGACCUAAAUCUUCAGUCCCACCCUAAGGGCUUGGAGUUCAGUGGUCCCGAAGUUGAGGUCACAGACAAAGUGGUGGGAGCCAGGAAACAAGUUGUACAGGAGGAACUACUACGCCACCAUGCCUUGCGCCGGGCUGAGAGCCGUGUGCGACAAAAGCGCUUGCGCUACCAGCUGCAGAGGAUUGCUCGCAAACGUCUCCUGCUGGAAGCAAAGCGCGAGCUACAGCGCCUAGAGACUGCCCUUUCCCCUGAAGCCCCCUCAUCACCUGAACCAGUGUUCCCGAUGAAGACAAGGGCACCCGCACAUCAUGCCCUCCGCAGACACUCCUUCUCAGCAGACCUCCUGUCACGGCUGUAUCCCAAACACACGCCGAUAUUUAGUCAUUUUCUGAGAAGAAACAAGUCUCUGGAGCUUUCCUCCUCCCUUUGGAGAGGUGUAGGAUCUCAAAAAUGGGUUUCUGAUGAAUUCCUCCCAUCAAGGAAAAUGAGAAACCGUGCUAACACCUUGCCCUCAGGCAGUGAGCUGAGGUGUGCAACUAGGACUAACUCUUUGGAAAACCUGAGGGCAGCCAUACCACAUUCUGCUUCCACAAGCAGUGGAAUGAGAGAGAGAACGAAAAGCAGAUUAAUCGAAAGCAGUCAAGAACAACGACCACAGACAGACUCUUUAGAACCUCCCAGAAAUGGACCCAAGAAGACUUUGCUAGCAGUUAGCAAAUCCAACACUUCACACUUUCCACCCAAAAUAUCUAAGUCAUUUUCGCAGGGCAGCAAGGGUCUGGAGAGAAUACGCAAAGUGUUCGCUCAGUCAGCUGGGCCUGGGAUCCGGAAUGCACUGUCAAAGCUGUUUCGAAAGCCACCAUCAAGAUUUGUUGCUGCUAGAGUCACCAAAUCCAUAAACAACACUGCAGGUCAAUUUAGCGGUAAUAAAGAAUCAGAAAGAAACAUCCAGUUGGAAGUAAAGAAGACUGAAAAGUCCAAAGUAAAAGUGGCUUUUUCCUGUGAGAACUUGGAGCAGGUGGCUUUGUCUAAAAGGGUUGGGAAAAGGCGUUGGCAUAGUGAAGAGGCUUUGACCAAAGUAGUUUUACAGACAAAGGGGCAGCCAUCUUUCCCUGGAUGGUUGGAAAAGACAAAGUUGGAGGAUAAAGAGGGUUCCUCUGACUGUGACAGCUCAUAUUCUUUGGAUUCCCUCUCCUCUGCUUAUGCUACUGCUUUGACAGAGCAACUGAGGCAGGCAGACUUUGAACAGAGUGGAGAUGAGAGCAAGAGUGAGCCAGAGAGUGUGGACAGCCAAAUAUCCAAAGAUUCUCUGGUGAUUGAGGGAAGCAGUAAAAUUACAGUAAAGCCCAAAAAGUUCAAGCAGACAUUAUCUAGUCUGUCCUAUACUCAUGUCAAGACAGACAGUGGCUCAACUGUGGAGAAGAAGAGUGUAAACCUUUCUUCCACUGGGUCAUCCGCAUCUGAUGAAAUGCCAGCAGAAGCAUACUGGAGACUCCAUAGCAGUCCCAAGCCCAAACAUGGAGGUAAAGCAGAAUCAAGAACAGAAGUAGUGAACCAACAAGUAAUGGGCUCUGAACACAGAGGUCCAGAGUCAAAAACAUCUGAAGAAUUAGCAGAUGGCUGGUCUGUGGCUGGUUGUGAUCCUCAUCUGUUUACCUGUGCUAAAGAACCAGAAAGUUUACAUGUGCUCACACAUCCCUGGUCCUCUACUAAUAACACAAACAAUCCAAGGGUCUGUGAAGACCCAAUGGCUGCUAUACAGCAGAUAAAAUCCAGACCAAAGUACAAUGGCAAUAAUCUUCAAUGCAGAGUGGACCUAUCUGAUAGGCUGAACAGUGAUGGGAACAAACCCAUUUGUGUCAGUGACUGUAUGGAUGGUGAAAAUAUUACAGUAAUGCAAGAACUCUGCAAUUCUGACAACUCUGAUCAUUUGCUGGUUGGAAUGUUGGGAGAUGAGAAGAUUUCUACAUUAAGAAAUACAGCAAUUCAACAAGAUUCUGUGAGUUCUGAAAUCAGCAACUUUCAGGGAAGCUCAAAUAUUGAAUCCUCUGUCAUGAUAGCAGUAGAAGAAACUUUGGAAAAAAAGGCAUGCUCCAUAAGAAAACAAGGCAGUGAACCUAUAAGUUCCUCCUGUGGUACUAAUCUGUAUAAGCAUGCAGAUUCUCCUUCCUUAAUAUGCAAACACCACAACUUCCCACUAGACUGUUCACCUGUGCCUUUACAAAACUCUGAGACACUGCAGGUUGCUCACUCAUCAGAGCGCUGGAAUGUAGAUGUUGAUAACGUAGGCUUAAGUAGCACAAAUGUCCAUUCCAGUUAUGAAGUCAUGACUCUGCAGAUGGAAAGCACUGCAAAAAAAGAAAAAGGCAAUUCCCUAUCAACGGAGCCAUCUACUGUUUUUCCGGAGCCAGUAACCAUGGUAAAAUAUGAUGUAAAUACUGUGGAUGACAGUGAUGAAAAAGGCACAGCUGAUUCUAUGGCAUCUGAACAAUCUUUAUUCAGAGAAGGAAAGUAUUCACUUAUGAUCACAGAUGCCUGGUCUUCCACUGAAACUUCAGACAGUCCAAGGACCCAUGAGGGAGAAGUGGGACAAUCCAGUCCAUUGUGUGGUAUCAGUUGUCAAAGCAGCCUGGACUUCUCAAGAAGCUUUUUCAGAUCGGACAGCCAACCCUUUUCUACCAGUGACUGCACAGACAAAGAAAACGCAACAGUAAUGCAGCAGGAAUCCUUGGAUUCUGAGAAGAGUGCAGAUAAUUCUCAGAUAUCUGGAAUGUUUGAAGAUUCAUACAUUCAAAAGAUUCAGAAUAUUCAUCCAUCAGCUAAUGUAAUGAUUAAGCAAGAGUCUGUGAAUUACAACAACGAUUUUGAGGGAUGCUUAGAUCCUGAAAUAGUAGCCAUAAAAGUAGAAGAUACUGUGAUUUUGGAAACAUGUGAAAAACAAAGACAAACAGAAGGUAAUAAAAUGGAAAAUUCAUCCUCUGAUACUUACCAACAAAAAUUUAAAGAUGUCACUUUCCUUAACAAAACCAACAAUUUUGGACCAGACUCUGUGUUACUCCAAAUCCCUGACACACUGCGGUUCAGUCCUUCAGUUCUUGAAUGUGUUGAUCAUACCAUUUUAAGUAGGAACAGUACUUCAGACUCUCUUUGCAAAGACGUGUACCCUAGCGCUGAAGCAAAACCUAUAAAAUGUGGAAGUAAUGCAGAAGCAAGCAAGUCACACGAAGGCAGUCAGAUUGGUGGUGGUAAUAUGGUUGGAUUUCAGCCGCUAGCAGUGUCCAUUUGUGAUAGGAAGACCUUGGAUACUGAUGCUGAAAAAAGUGAUGCUGUUACUAUACUUUCAUUUUCUUCUAAACAGUGUGAUAAAGACCUUCUACCAAAACUUAACACUUUGAAUGGACUGGACUGCUGUGAAGAGAACUUAACAGAAAGAUCAGAAAUUGUAGUCUUGAAUCAGUGCAACUACACGAAUAAUAACACCACUUCUGAAAAUUCAAAGGAGGAUAAGAUCCUGCAUGUUUGUUCCCAAAAAGGUGAAAAAUCUCAGGGUGAAAGAUGGAGAACAAUUCAGACAAUACAUAGUAUCCAAAAUGCAAAUGAAUGUCAGAGGCUGGAUGGUUUGAUUGAGACCAAAGUUCAGAAUGUCAAUGUAUUUUGUGUUCCAGUGAAUCAGGAAAAAGAUCUGAAUGAUAAUCAAGAUAUUGAUAAUGUUGUAAAAAAUACUGUGGACAAGGACCCACACAAACCUGAACAUGAUUUACAUGCAGAUAAGGAAGAUGCAAGGGUGAAAAUAGAUCUAGAACAGACAUAUAGGCCUGAAGUAGAGGUUCAGUCCUCUGAACAAGAUAUUAAUCAAAGUGCCCCUUCAUGUGUUCCCAAUCCUAGUCUACCCUACAGUGUCUACAGUUUCAAAGAUACAAGGAAAUGCAACCUAGAUGCUUUCAACACCACUAAAGAAAAUGCAUUUUUCUCAGCAACACUACUGAGUGAUCUAGAAAAUGAGGUGAAAAACUGUAGCUCUGAAUUAAGACCUGUUGCUUGGAAUGAGUGUAAAGAUACACCCACUCAUAAUUCCAGUGAAAAUUUAGAACAGCAUAUCUUCAUGCAAACACUUCCAAGAAGAAAUGUUUCAGUCUCUGAAUUCAGAAAGGUUAACAAAUGUCAACAAAGUCAUGAAGACUUUCCAGACUUUAAGCAAGCUACUAAAAAUCCAUCGGUUGUGAAAAAUUACUUCAAAAGUUGCAACUCAUGCAUACCUAUGGAGAGUGUAGAUAUCUCACUGAGCAAUUACGAUGGAACUCAUUCUAUCAACAUAGAUCAAGUGGCUUUACAUCCAGCAUCGGUUAUGCAAAGGGGAAAGAGUAGGUUCUUUGGAUACUGUGGAAAAGACAACUCAGGAGACACUACCCUUAGUUCAGUUGAUCAGAAGAUUUCUGAGGUAGUUCAAGAACACUUAAGUGUGAACUUGAAUGAGUUUGUGGAAACCAGAAAUAAUGAUAAACGAGAAGCAAAGACUUGUGACUUGAACUUGCACAAGAAUAAAACCAUGUCAAAGGAAAAGGAACCAAUCAGCCUUUGUGGUGUGGAAAAACAUUUCUUUGCUAGAAACCAAGCAACAGCCCCUUUAAUCGUAAGGAAUUCUUUUCAAACCCAAGAUGUAAACAAUGUCUAUGGACAUUUAAACAUGCCUUCAGUUACUCCUACAGAGUUGACUGACUGUCCAGUUUCUCCAGUACAUUCACACUUGUCGGAAGUCUUUGAAGGGGAUUUUCCCAGAGGUGAUGCAGCAAGUGUUGAGAAACGAGAUCUCCUUAUGAGGUCAUUACCAUCCCAGUUUCAGGACCAAAGAGAUCUGAAAACUGUAGUAUCACAUAUCCCAAAGAAGAAUGCUGCUUCAGGCAAUGCUGACCACAGCAGUCAAGAGAAAGAUUUAGACGUGCUGUCUAACGAAAAAAUCAACUAUGUGCACAUUGGGAACAUAUUUAAAGAGAAAGGUAUUAAUUCGUCUAUAACAAAAACAGAAGAACCUCAAUCCAAUGAGGUGGUUGUCACAAAUAAACUACAGUCAGAAUUAGAGUCAAAUCAAAGCAACACUGCGAAAAAUGAGGAACCUGCAACAAACUUCUGGCAGAAUCAAAAGGAGAGCAGUGAUCUUAUAGCAGACCACCAAACUGGAACAGAAUUGUUGACAGAAAGAGUAUUUAACUAUGAGGCCAUCUCCAUGGCAAUGUGUAUGAAUGAUGUACGUAGUGCGCACUCCUCACAAAGUCAUUUUGAAGGUUGCCAGUGUUGUAAUUUGGCAAGGAAAGGACUCCUCAACAAGCCUGAAAUGCAAACAGAAGCAAAUUGUCAGAGAAGUGUUUUCACCUCCGAUGAAGCAUGUCCAAUUCCUGAAACAAAGGAAGUUGAAAGAAAUAGUCUUCCUGAUGCUGAAGACAGUAGUGCAGUGUUGACACAACUCCUGUACAAAAUAAGCCCCAGUUUUUCAGAUGGUGCUGGUACUGAUGAUUACCUUGAUGUCUGCAUGCCUAGCUGGGCUGGGCUGUAUAAAAAGGUUUUGGAGCCAAAUACAGAAAGGCCACCUCAGAUAAAGACUUUGUCUGAAUUAGUUGAAAUAGCUGAACCAGCGGUGAGUUCUGCAAACACCGGUCAGGAUUUCUCAACCAACAGAGAGUCAGAAGACACAAACAGAGAAAACAACACAGUGUGCAGAUUGGAUUCUCAGCAUGCAAAGUUGCCGUGUGAAGAUUCUUUAAAAAAUAUGUCUGUAGAAUAUUUAAGCUCACCUGACGCCUGGCCUCUUGAUAGUGAUGUGCUUAAUUUUCAUUACAGAGACAAAACAGAAAUCAUUCCUUGCAAGGAACUCUUGGAUAAAACAGAAUUUGUGACACAAAGUUUAGCCAUCAGUAGUGAAAUUAUGAAAUCAUGUUCUCAAUGCAGUAGUAUGGAUGGAGUUAAUGAAAAGUACCUUGAAGAAGAAGGGUACAACAAAAAUAGUAAUUCCUUAACUCUCAACAAAGACACCCAUAGCUAUGUAAUGGAGCAAACAGAAAAUGAAUUUUUUGAGACUAACUGCACAAAAACUAAAAGCACAGUAGAAACAUUUCAAGAAAGGGCUGUAAAUAAGCAGGCAAGCAAUUCUGAAGUAAUCUCAGAAAAAUUUUUAGAUGUGGUGAAGGCCAAUGCUGUUUCAUCAUUUUCAUAUAGUCAUGAUUCAUUGGUUGAAUCCACAGGUUGUAGUUUGGGAGACAAAGAGUCCUUAAAAUCUGAUUACAUCAGGCACCAGUAUACCGACAAUGCACACGCAAAUUUUCAAAAGGAAAAGGCAAAGAGAUUAAAAAGAAUAAAUGCAAAAGUAACACUUAAUUCAUCCACUGAGUCUUCUGUUUACUCAUCCCCAGAAGAAAAAGGCAUGUGUAAGGUGCAUCCAAACAGGUCCUUAUUAACACAAUGCAAGUCUGUACCUCAAAAGCAAAGCAGACACAAUAAAGCAGUUAGAAGUAAGAAAGCCCCAGAUUCAAUCUGUUCACCAUUUCACAGACCAUUACUGAAAGAUGAUAAAUCCUUAAAACAUUGCAGAGAAACUGGAACGCAAAUGGCUGUCAAUUUAUACACUCUGAAAAAAGGUAAUUGUGUUAAUGCAAGAGAUGCAGAAAACCAGUUGCAGAGGGAUUAUAGCAAAUUUUUCACUCCAACAACAACCAAUUUGGAAAAAAGGACAAUCAUGGCCAAAAGUGAUAAUGCACCACAGAACCUCAAAAAAGCUUCAAAACUUCCAAAAAAAGGACUCUUGAAGAAAGAGAUCCAGACUUAUAAAAAGGAUACAGCAAUACAUUUUGCCUCUAGUGAUAUUAAUCCUUUUGCUCUCCCUUGGCAAGAGAUUCAAAAGCCAAACCAAGGAAAGAAUAAGCACCAAGUUUUUGGAAGUGCCACUGACAUCUCUUCAAAAAAUCCUGCAGUGGAUGUUAGUAUGAAUCGAGUAAUCAGGUGCUGUAGUGUGGAUAAUGGCCUAAGUAUAGAGAAUUCACUCUUUCAUUCCCAUCUCAGUACUUUUGCUAACAACAAAAGACUUUCCAACACUUUAAGCAGUGUUGAAGGUUACAAGGAGCAGGGCUCAUCAGAGGCUGAAUGCCCCACCUCUUCUGAUAAUCAAAUCAGACUGGGGAGAUGUAAUUCUUACUGCAGUGACACCUAUGGAGAUGGGGACAAUGACUCAUCUCAGAUGUCAGAUGAUGAGGUAAUGGUGGUUUGCUCUUCUGAACAGGAGUCUUUAGACACUGGAUAUCGAGACCACUCUAAUUUGACUUGUAAUCAGUCCACCCAGACUACCACAUUGGAGGGCAUGCAGAAAAUGAGAAGACGCCGCAAGAGGAGCAGUACUCGGAUACAAAAGACUUGUGUAGGUCCUGAGAGCAGCAGAGUGCCUUCUACAUGGGCAAGCCUUCACAAUAUGUCUCUUCAUCUCUCCCAAUUAAUCCAUAAUACAUCUGAUCUUCUGGGGAACAUACAGUAUAUGGGAGCCAAAGAUACAGAUCAUUCUGCAGAAGAUAAAGUGAUGCAAAUGCCUUCUGGUCGAUACAGCAACAGAGACUCAUCAACUCAAACAGCAGUGGAUGUUGCAAUUCAAACAGAUGUGAAUUCAAUUUCAGUAAAUGGAGAGGAUGAUAACAAAGCACCAUUGAUGGAAGGAAAAUCAAGACAUCAUGAAGUUAAUGUGAUUGUCAGAGUUAUUGGCUCAGAUGUGCUUGGUGUUUCUCAAGAAAAGGAAAGCAUUACCUUGAACAAAAAAGCAUCUGAGAAGAUACAGAGUAUGCCCGAUCUACAUAUAGGGAGCAGUGUUGAUAAAUCUUACUUGAUCGCAGAGGCUGUAUCUUCCAAAUUUCGGACCUCAUCUCCAUCAUUAGAUAUGAUUUCUCAGAAUCAAACCCAUUUAAACACCGAUGUAAGCUCUGUUUUCCCAGCUGACUACACACCUGAGCAGGUCUCAUCAAGCCUUGGUACAGCUAGCAUCAAUAGCAGACCGAAAAGUCAGACCUCCAAGAAACAUAAUAAUUUAAACUGUUCUUCAAAAGAAGUUUGUUUUACUGACCGUGCAUCAUCGCCCAUUCUAACUGUAGAAGCUGGGCUUGGUGCUCAGAUAGUCAAGAGUAAGUCUACUCAGUGUCUUGUGAAUUACCCAAAAACUGAAUUUCAAGAACCUGUGGAGGAACUAAGGAAGAGUCUUUCUCCUGGAGCUCUGAGAUUAGUAGAACAAGAACAACCAAAAUUCCCAUCUGUGAAAACAAAGAGGUCACAAAAAAGAUCUGAGUGCACAGGACAGUCUGGAAAGCCUUGUGAUUUAACAAGCUUUAUAUCCGUUAGUAGUAUUUCCCUUGAAAAUGUCAGUGAUUUUAGUAAUCUGCAUAGUUUUGGUAAUCCUUUUUCAAAAGAGUCAAAGGAAUACAGUGAGAACAAUGUGCCUUGUAGGGAUAAUGAUUUGCGAAAUUAUCAAAAGUCUUAUUCGUGUCCCAGAGAAAGAAUCACUGUUCAGUCCUGCACAUCUAUAUCCAGUUACCCAAAUGAGAGUCUGCUUUUUGACUGUACAUCGGAAGAGUCUACUAUCAGAAAAUUACAACGAAAUUACAUCCGAACUAAUGCUCCAACUCAAAGUUCUUCGUUGAUAUCUUGGCACCCAAAUGAGAGUCAACUUUUUUAUUGCAGACAGGAAGAGUCUGUCACAAGAAACUCACAAGAAAUGUACAAACCUAACAGCCAUAAUCUGGGAAAUUACCACAGAGAGUCAAAUGAUGGAGAAGAGUGCUGGAAUGGUUCUGAAUCUUUUGAUAUUAGUGAGGGCACUAUUCAGCUUCAUGAAGAUGAUGCCAUGUCAGUGGCACCCAGUGAAUGUAAUACAGACAUCCUCAUCAACAUUAAUCCCUUUGUAGAUAGCAUCCAAAAGGAACAUUGCAAAGUUCCUGAAGAUCUACCGAUGCACAACAAAUUCACUAACUGGUCAGGUGUCAGCUGCCAAUCCCAAUCAAGUGAAAGCAGGAGUCUGGAACAGUUCCAGUCAGCAAUGAGAGUCCCUGCCAAGCAGAAAACAAAGAAAAGCCACACAGGUGCUGCCAUCUCAGAGAGUUGUAAGGCUGAGUUCAAAGCAUUAAGUGAUGACCGGUUGAGGGAGAUUGAAAGAUUACGUCAAGAGCGAGAGAAGGUGAUGGCAGCUGUUCGGCUAGACCUGAACCCUCACCAGCUAACUGUGGAACUGGCAGAGGCCAAGCUCCACUAUGGUUUGGGGGAAACAGAUACACUUUUGAAGCUGCUGAAAUCUGACUCCAUUGAAGAACCCUUUGUCGUCUCAAAAAAACAGGAGCUCUAUGAAAGACACAGGAAGAGCAUUGAGGGUUUGCGUCAGAAGAGAGAGGAACGACUUCGAACAUGUCGAAGAGCACGGAGCCUCAGCCCCAGCAAGCAUUCUGUUUCCACUGGACAGAGCCAAAAGUCCCCUGUAACAGCUACUGAGCUACCCAGCCAACAAAGGGAGUACUUGCAGAAGCUCCCCCAGGCUGUGGUGACCAGCACCAGCACCACUCCCCCCUCAAAGCAGGAGGGAGCGUGUCCCUCAGAGAUCGAGCUCCUGCUGCAGGACUAUGGACGCGCUCGCGAGGAGGCCAGGAUGGAGAUAGCCCGUGCACGUGACAGGCUCCGCGAGAGGGCUGAGCAGGAGAAGAGGCGACUCCAGCAGCAGGCCCUUUCUCAAUUCCUCAAGGAUGACUUGCGGUUCCGGACACGUGCUAGCAACAGCACUCUCUGCACUGGGUCAAGCCUCAGCCUGUCUUCUGGACCUACCUCUGGUUACAACAGCAGCAACACUGUCCUUCUGAAGGAAGCCAACAGACUUUCACAGACUCUGCAGGUGUCUGAUAAGACAAAGGAUGCAGUCGUGAUCAGCAGUGUCCCUCCGGUACCUGCCUCACAGAAUGUGGGGAGCCACCGCCCAUGGCUGUCUGCUCAAGAUGUACGGGUGGAGCAUACAGAUGUGCGGGUGGAGCUCGACCCCCAGCUGCCCCCUUCAUCCAGCCCACCUGGAUGGAAACGCACUUUAUCUCUCAGCUCAGCACCCUCUGUAUCCACAUAUUUUCAGGAUAUCGCUGCCAGCGCUGUCUCCUCUGCCAUCAGUGAGAUACGCUCUGCUGCUGAUGGAGAUCUGCAGAAUUUGCUGGUUGGAAGGUCUUCAGGUGGUUGGAGACACCAGGGGACAGAGCGAGGAGUGCAGGCCUUCUACAAGUCCUCUUCCAGUCUCGGCAGAUACAGCUUCUUGGGGGCUGCAGAGCUGGAAAGACCCUUGCCCAGCCUGUGGUGCAUGAUUCGAGAUCACUCCAAGACCCACCUGUACCACCACUGUGUCCACACCACCUGGACUCGCCCACUGGAUAGCAGCACCCAGCUCGUCUACCUUCUAACAGACUGCUCGACCUGCCGUCUAAGUCAGCCGCGCGACUUCUGCUGCAUCAGCGCAGAGUCCAAACAGGAAGGGGAGUGGGUGCUGGCUCUGCGCUCUGUGAAUGAGGAGUCCCUCCCACCACCCAAUGCGAAUGCCGUGCGGGGGGAGCUGCUGCCCAGUGCCUGGCUCCUACAGCCAGGCUACCAAGGGGGCAGAGAGAUCAUCAGAGUGGUUUACCUGCUACAGGUGGACCUCGGGACACCAGCCCUCCCUCAGAGACUCCUAAGCUCCGUUGCGAGGAAGCAGGCGGCAGUCAUUGCUGAGCUGGAUGCAUUCUUCUCUCUCUGACCCAAGGCCAACAUCCCACAUAAAGCAUUUGCACAAAGAUUUCUAUGAAUUUGAAUCAUUGCUGGUCUUUGCACUUUUUUUUUUUUUUUUUUUUUUAUCUUUUUGACUUGAUUUUUGAUCAUUGAGAGCACUGAUAUUAUUUUGAUACAAUUUGCCAUGUAGGUUUUGAAGCUUUUUAUCUGAAGAAUAAUCGCAAAAGUUUGGUGUGCUUGUGUAAGAUGGCUAGAGUACUAAACCAGCUAAACCACCUCAAGCCAAAGACUGACAGGUUGGUACUAGAAGAGGACUUUUAGUGUGACUCUUGGACCCAGACUUGCCUUUGUACUGUACUGGAGCCAUUGUCCCUCAUCAAACCAACUCCAUUGGACUUGUAAAACAGAUUAAUUUUGGAUUCGCAGAACUGUAUGUAUUACUCUCCAGUAUUUUUUGUUAAAUUAGAAUGUUACCUUAAUAAACAUAUGUAAUCCAACCGAGCGGCUUAAGAUAAUAAACUGAAUAGAAGUGUCCUCAGGCUUUAAAUCAUGCUAGAUAUUUUACUAUUAUACUAAAACUUGAAGUUGACUCUCACUACACCCAGGCACAUAUGUUUUUAUGUUUUGUGCAUGCUCACAUGCAUUAAUUAAUAUUUGGUAUGUAUUUUAAUUACGUUUGAUCUCUGCUUGUCGAGUUGCUGAUUAGUCAUUAGUUUUGGCAGUUUCCAGUGAAUGUUAAUUUCUUUUAAAGGUUCUGGUUGAAACAGUGAGAAAUAGUAAAUUGUUUGUGGAACUCCCUUUUUUAACUGCAAACUUGGUGCUAGAUUUUACAUUUGUUUCUGAUUUAGGAAUUAAUUACUCCUGUCUUUGUCUAUGAUGAUAAGCUAUGUCAUAGAGACAGGUAUUUCUGUCUUACGGGCUUUCUGUGUACACCUGCUAAUUUUUCUGUCUGUGUCCAUAGCGCGUGCCUGAACAUGUAAAACAAAGUACUACACAUACCAUAUUUAACAAUGCAUGUGUUGAAGAAUAGAAAGUGUUACAGAUGCCCUGCUCCUUUUCAGCAACAUUUUUUAUGGCACUGUUUCAAACUGAAUUUGAAAACUGUGGUGAUGGUUAUGAAAUGGACAGAACUCCUUUUCCCCAGAGAGGGAAAGUUAAGGCAGUCACAACGUGAGGAAGUAUGUACAGAAUUUAUUUUAUAAAAUAUUUUUUUAAUAUAUAUAUUUUAUUAUUAUCACUGUUUGUGAAUUAAUGUUGAUAAUAUCAAAUGCAAAUAAUUUAUCUUAUUUAUGCUUUAUCUUUUUACUACACUAUGUUUUGUUUUGAC